UACAAACACCGGCUUCCGCUUUGCAACAACACGUGAGAAGAGUUGGUGGUAUUGGUUAUUGCAAGCGGAUUUAAAAGAAGAAUAGGUACAUGAACAGUUUUUAACAGAUAUAAAAUUACGAGCUAGUUAGCUGGCAUUCUAAAAUGAGUCUACAAACUGAUGACGUUGGAGGGGACUCAGAUUAUACAUUUUUAGACGAUGUAUUAAGCAGGCUGUAUGAUUUUGGGGAUGGACCUCAAGAAAAAAGGAAAAAGAAAUCGCUUAAAUCUAAAAGAAAGAAGUCAAAUGAAGAAGUGGAGUACCCCUCUGCUGACAGUGGCCACGACGCCAAGGACGGUGUUCGGGAAUGCACAAAUUCACUGGAACGGAAUAUUGCGGUGCCUCCUGUUCCUGUCCCAGAAUCCUGCAAAGUUGAGAACACAACUAGUUCCAUCAAAAGGCCAGCACAAGUAGAGAUUGUGACAUUUCAGAACCCUUCAAAGAAAAAGAAAACGAAAAAGACUCCAAGCCUCGAACUAAAGCUUCCCCCUACAGAGGAGAAGAAGAAACUAGACCAAAAAGACGUGGGCCUAAGUCUGGAAAAGGCCCGCUUGGAAGUUCAUAGGUUUGGAAUCACCGGGUACCAGAAGGAGCAGCAGCGAGUUUUUGAACAAGAUCGAGCCAUCAUGUUAGGAGCCAAGCCACCCAAGAGAGAAUACAUGAAUUACAAAGUCUACCAGCAAAUGAUAAAGGAGAAGAAACAGAAAGCAAAAGAAGAGCCCAAUUUGGAUAAUAAGAAAAAGAAAAAAAGAGAGAGUAAAGAAAGAGGUGAGAAGAGGAAGCCCUCGUCUAGUUCAAUACCAACAGGCCAGGUCGGCCGAUUUAAAAAUGGAAUGCUGGUGUUAAAUUCCAAAGAAAUACAAAGGAUAAAAUCCUCAAAAGUAAUGAAGUGAAAAUGACUGAGAAAAUAA